CCUCGGGGACGUUCCUCCCCGAACGGCGGCAGCCUGGCAGGGCCCGAGAGCUGCCCGCGGUGGGGAGGGGAUAGCGGGGCGGACCCGGAGGACAUGGAGGGCGAGGAGGCCCCGUCAUGGCGGGGUCCCGGCGGGGCCGUGCGGGAGCUCUGCCGCUCUUUCGGCCACUACAACCGGCACCUGGCGAGGCUGCAGCACAACCUGCGAGAGACCAAGAGGUUCUUCCGCGACGUCAAGUUCUCCCAGGGACAUCCCUUCGCCUUGGCGCCCGCCGGUGACGGCCCCCGCUCCGCCUGGGAUGGGGAUGGGGGUCCCGGGGACGGCGGCCCCAGCCCGGUGUCGUUCCCCCGGCACGAGGAGGAGCAGCUGCAGCGCUCGGUGAGCUGGAGGCCGUGCCUGCUGAUCCUGGGCCAGAACUGCCGUGCCAAGGGGCACCUGCUCAACACCCUGCUGGGCCAGGAGCUGCUGCCCACCCCUGGCACUGCCACCCAGGAGCCGCUGCCCACCCCUGGCACUGGCACUGGCACCCAGGAACUGCUGCCCAGCCCUGGGACGGGCACCCAGGAACUGCCGCCUGGGGCUGGCACUGCCACCAAGGAACUGCUGCCCACCCCUAGGACUGGCACCCAGGAACUGCUGCCCAGAGCUGGCACCCAGGAAUUGCUGCCCAGAGCUGGCACCCAGGAAUUGCUGCCCAGAGCUAGCACUGCCACCAAGGAGCUGCUGCCUGCCACUGAGACUGGCACUGAGGACCUGCUUUCGACCCCUGAAGCUGGCACUGCCACCAAGGAACUGCUGCCUGGGGCUGACACUCCAGAGCUGCUGCCCACCCCCAGGGCUGACACUCCAGAGCUGCUUUCUACCCCUGGCACUGUCACCGAGGAGCUGCUGCCCACCCCCAGGGCUGGCAUGGACACUGAGGAGCUGCUGCCCACCCCUGGGACUGGCACUGAGGAGCUGCUGCCCAUUGCUGAGGCUGCCACUGAGGAACUGCUGCCCAUGGCUGGCACCACAGAGCUGCUUCCCACCCCUGGCACAGGCACUGAGGAGCUGCUGCCCACCCCUGGGAGUGGCACAGGCACUGAGGAGCUGCUGCCCACCCCUGGCACUGUCACUGGCACCGAGGAGCGGUGCCGGCGCCGCCGCGUUCGCUUCACGCACGGGGCGCGGCCGCGGCUGAGCCUGGCACUGCCCGGGCAGUACGAGCUGGUGCAGGCGCUGGUGGCACACAGCGGGCACUGGGACACCAUCCCCGAGCAGGACCUGCAGGUGCCAGGGGACGCCGAGGAUCCCGCACAGAGGGUGGCAGAGCUGGAGGUGGUGCUGCCCUGCGCGCUGCUCAAGGAAGUGGACAUCGUGGUGGCUCCAUGCCGAGGCUUCCAGUCAGCUGAGUCCACCCUGGCCGAGUUUGUGGACCAGGUGCUGCCCGUUGUCACCUUUGCCAUCAGCGAGCCCCAGCUGUCCCCGUCGGACCAGGCAGAACUUCGGCAAAUCAAACAAAAAUUCUCCCUCCCCAUCUUCUUCCUGCGAAUCCCCGAGGCCGGCGGCGAGCUGAGCUCUCCCAAAAACCCUCCCAAGGACAACAAAUCCCACCCUAAGGACGACAAAUCCCACCCCAAGGACACCAAAUCCCACCCCAAGGACACCAAAUCCCAGCUCCACCUGCAGCUGCUGGAUCUGGAGUACCUGAGCCCCUCGAGCCCCUGCGGCUGCGGCGCUCCCGGCUCCUCCAUGCUGGUGGAGCAGCUGGAGAAGCUGAGGCUGCUGAGCUCCUUCUCCAGGCAGGUGCUGCAGCAGCACCUGGUGGAGGCAGCCACGAGGCUGAGCGAGGUUCACGGGCGCUGCCUCAACAUCUUCAUCAACCAGGCCUUCGACAUGCAGAGGGACCUGCAGAUCACCCCCAAGAGGUUGGAGUACACGCGCAGGAAGGAGAACGAGCUCUACGAGUCGCUGAUGGGCAUCGCCAACCGCAAGCAGGAGGAGAUGAAGGAGAUGAUCGUGGACACGCUGGGGAAUAUGAAGGAGGAGCUGCUGGAGGAUGCUGCCACUAUGGAGUUUAGAGACAUCAUCAUCCCCGAGAGCGGCGAGCCCGUCAGCUCCAAGGACAUCAAGCGCUGCAUCCAGCAGAUCCAGGAGCUGAUCAUCUCCAGGCUGAACCAGGCUGUGGCCAACAAGCUGAUCAGCUCCGUGGAUUACCUGAGGGAGAGCUUCGUGGGCACCCUGGAGCGCUGCCUCAAGAGCCUGGAGGAGUCCUGGGAGGGCUCCGUGCACCCGCCCCGGGGGCUGGAGAAACCCCGCGAGGGAUCCGUGCACAUCACCAGCAACUAUCUCAAACAGAUCCUGAAUGCAGCUUAUCACGUGGAGGUCACGUUCCACUCGGGUUCAACAGUGACCAGGAUGCUGUGGGAACAGAUCAAACAGAUCAUCCAGCGGAUCACGUGGGUCAGCCCCCCGGCCAUCACCAGCGAGUGGAAGAGGAAGGUGGCCCAGGACGCCAUCGAGAGCCUGAGCGCCUCCAAGCUGGCCAAGAGCAUCUGCAGCCAGUUCCGCACGCGCCUCAACAGCUCCCACGAGGCCUUCGCCGCCUCCCUGCGCCAGCUGGAGGACGGCCACUCGGGCCGGCUGGAGCGCACCGAGGACCUGUGGCUGAGGGUGAGGAAGGAGCACGCGCCCCGGCUGGCCCGGCUCUCCCUGGAGAGCAGAUCCCUGCAGGACGUGCUGCUGCACGGGAAGCCCAAGCUGGGCAGGGAGCUGGGCCGAGGCCAGUACGGGGUGGUGUACCUGUGUGACAGCUGGGGGGGACACUUCCCCUGCGCCCUCAAAUCCGUCGUCCCUCCGGAUGAGAAGCACUGGAACGACCUGGCACUGGAAUUUCACUACAUGAGGUCCCUGCAGUCCCACGAGAGGCUGGUGCACCUGCAUGGCUCCGUUAUUGAUUAUGGCUAUGGAGGAGGCUCCAGCAUUGCUGUGCUGCUGAUCAUGGAGAGGCUGCACAGGGACCUCUACACGGGGCUGAAGGCUGGGCUGGAAUUGGAGCCACGGUUGCAGAUUGCGUUGGAUGUGGUGGAAGGGAUCCGGUACCUGCACAGCCAGGGCUUGGUGCACAGGGACAUCAAACUCAAAAAUGUCCUGUUGGACAAAAAAAAUAGGGCCAAAAUCACAGAUUUGGGGUUCUGCAAACCCGAGGCGAUGAUGUCUGGCAGCAUCGUGGGCACCCCCAUCCACAUGGCUCCCGAGCUCUUCACAGGGAAAUAUGACAAUUCCGUGGAUGUUUAUGCCUUUGGGAUCCUGUUCUGGUACCUCUGCUCGGGCCAUGUGAAGUUACCUGAGGCUUUUGAGAGGUGUGCAAGCAAAGAUCACCUGUGGAACAACGUCAGGAGAGGGGUGCGCCCGGAGCGGCUCCCGGUGUUUGACGAGGAAUGCUGGCAGCUGAUGGAGGCGUGCUGGGACGGGGACUCCUCGCAGCGGCCUCUGCUGGGCAUCGUGCAGCCCAUGCUGCAGGGAAUCAUGGACAGGCUCUGCCGGCCGCCCCCCGAGCACCCCCACAAGGGCCUGGAUGACUCCACCUGAGCGGGAAGCGGCGCGGGAUUGCGGGAAUUGAGGCGGGAAUUGGGCAAUUCCAGCCCCGGGCCUGGCGCGGAGCUGCGGGGACAGGGAGGGGCUCCGGGGGGGACAGCUCCGUCCCUGUGGAAUUGUGUGGGACAGGGGGGUGACAGCUCCAUCCUAAUCCUGUUAUCCCUAUAGAAUUGUGUGGGCCAGGGGGGUGACAGCUCCGUCCCAAUCCUGGUAUCCCUAUGGAAUUGUGGGGAACGGGGAGGGGCUCUGGGGGGGACAGCUCCAUCCCUAUGGAAUUGUUUGGGACAGGGGGGUGACAGCUCCAUCCCAGUCCCACCCUAUGGAAUUGUUUGGGACAGGGAGCAGCUCUGAGGGCUGGCAGCUCCAUCCCAAUCCCACCCUAUGGAAUGGUUUGGGACAGGGUGGUGACAGCUCCAUCCCAAUCCUGUUAUCCCUAUGGAAUUGUGUAGGACAGGGGGGUGACAGCUCCAUCCCAAUCCUGGUAUCCCUAUGGAAUUGUGGGGGACAGGGAGGGGCGCCAUGGGGGACAGCUCCAUCCCAAUGCCACCCUGUGGAAUUGUUUGGGACAGGGGGGUGACAGCUCCGUCCCAAUCCUGUUAUCCCUAUGGAAUUGUGGGGGACAGGGGGGUGACAGCUCCAUCCUAAACCUGUUAUCCCUGUGGAAUUGUGGGGGACAGGGAGGAGCUCCAGAGGGUGACAGCUCCAUCCCAAUCCCACCCUAUGGAAUUGUUUGGGAUGGGGAUAACAGCUCCAUCCCAGUCCUGUUAUCUCUAUGGAAUUGUUUGGGAUGGGGAUAACAACUCCAUCCUAAUCCUGGCUGGUAUCCCUAUGGAAUUGUGUGGGGCAGGGGGGGCUGGGUGACAGCUCCAUCCCAAUCCCAGCCUAGUAUCCCUCUGGAAUUAUUUGGGAAUGGGGGGCACUUAUGAGGGUGACAGCUGCAUCCCAACCCUGUUAUCCCUAUGGAAUUAUUUAGGACAGGGAGAGGCUCUGAGGGGGCUCAGGGGAGUGGCAGCUCUAUCCCAAUCCCACCCUGGUAUCCCUAUGGAAUUGUUUGGGACCGGGACUGACAGGGUCCAUCCCAGUCCUGUUCUCCCUGUGGAAUUGUGUGGGACAAGGGGGAAUUCAUGGGGGUGACAGCUCCAUCCCAAUCCUGGUAUCCCUAUGGAAUUGUGUGGGACAGGGGGGAACUCAUGGAAGUGACAGCUCCACCCCAAUCCCACCCUGUUAUCCCUCUGGAAUUCUGUGGGACAGGAGGGUGGCAGCUCCAUCCCAAUCCCACCCUAUGGAAUUGUUUGGGAUGGGGAUAACAGCUCCAUCCCAAUCCUGGUAUCCCUAUGGAAUUGUGGGGGACAGGGAGGAGCUCAGAGGGGUGGCAGCUCCAUCCUAAUCCCACCCUAAAGAAUUCUGUGGGACAGGGGGGGUGACAGCUCCAUCCUGAUCCUGUUCUCUUUAUGGAAUUGUUUGGGACAGGGGGGAACUCAUGGGGGUGACAGCUCCAUCCUGUUCUCCCUCUGGAAUUGUUUGGGACAGGGGGGUGACAGCUCCAUCCCAGUCCCACCCUGUUAUCCCUAAAAUAUUCUGUGGGACAGGGGGGGUGACAGCUCCAUCCCAAUCCCACCCUGUUAUCCCUAAAAUAUUUUGUGGGACAGGAGGGUGGCAGCUCCAUCCCAAUCCCACCCUAUGGAAUUGUUUGGGUUGGGGAUAACAGCUCCAUCCUAAUCCUGUUCUCCCUCUGGAAUUGUUUGGGGACAGGGGGGUGACAGCUCCAUCCUAAUCCCACCCUGUUAUCCCUAAAAUAUUCUGUGGGACAGGGGGGUGACAGCUCCAUCCUAAUCCCACCCUGUUAUCCCUAAAAUAUUCUGUGGGACAGGGGAGUGACAGCUCCAUCCCAGUCCCACCCUGUUAUCCCUAAAAUAUUCUGUGGGACAGGGGAGUGACAGCUCCAUCCCAGUCCCACCCUAUGGAAUUGUUUGGGUUGGGGAUAACAGCUCCAUCCUAAUCCUGUUCUCCCUCUGGAAUUGUUUGGGGACAGGGGGGUGACAGCUCCAUCCCAAUCCCACCCUGUUAUCCCUAAAAUAUUCUGUGGGACAGGGGGGUGACAGCUCCAUCCCAAUCCCGUUCUCCCCAUGGAUUCGAGGGAUGGAAGCCUCAAACCCUUUGCCAACCCCACCCCAAGCCCUGGGAGGGAUCCAUGGGAUGGGAAAAUCCCUUCCCAAAGCCCCAAGAGAACCAUCCUGCUCCUCCCUCUGCCUUUGGCAGCAAUUCCAGGGGAGAGGAAGGAAAAAGCCCCAAACUUUAGGAUAAGGAAAUUUUGGGGAGCUCCAAGGAGCUGGAAAUGUUUACAUGGACAGGAGCAAAGCUUCCAUUUAUUAUUUUUUUUUCUAUGGGGACUUGGAAAACCCCACUGGAUAAGCUAUUGAUCCCUAAUCCCACAUUUUCCUCCUCUUUUUCCCCCUCUCCUUUGCUUCCUUCAAUUUCUUGGAAUGGCUGGAGAAACCUUCCCUCGCUUCCACACUGCAUUCCUCAGAGGUUCCGCUUUGUACCACCACAAAAAUCCUUCAAAAUAUUGAUUUUUCCAUGGGGAAAAGUGCCAAAAUUCCUUUAAAAUCAGGAUUUGGGGCUUGAAAUUCAUGGGAUUGUCAUGGCAAGUUUUAAAUUGGGCUGAGUGUGCACAGGAAUAUUUAAAAAAUGAGGAUUUUCCAGCUUUUUUCUCCAAGUUGAACGGGAAGAAAGAUCUUUCCUUCUUCCCCUCACUUUCACUCCAGGGCUGGAAUUUGGUUGGAAAAAAUUAAAAAAAUGGGGAUAGGGAAGAGGGGAAUCCUGGACAAGGUUGUUUCUCCCAAAUUCCUGGAAUUUUUCCUGCAUUUUUGGGGUGGAAUUGGAGCAGGAGAUGCCCCUUGGUGGCUCCAUGAGGAACUGAGGAGUUGGGAAUUCUCCAGCUGGAGUUCCCAGGGAAGGUUGGAAUUCCUUGGCUGCAAUUCCAGCUGGCCAAGGAUGGCUUCAGUGGGAAUCUUUUCCUUUCUUUGUGCAAUAAAAUGGAUUCAGGAGCUUUUUAUGGAGGAAAGAAAAAUAAUAAAAUGGCUUUUUUUUGGUUUA